AUGGCUAGCUCCUGGCAGGCCUUUUGGCUCCUGCUUGCCAUGCUGGUGGUCCUGGUGGCACUCACUAAUCAAACAACAAAAAAAAGUUUUAUAAGUAUUCAAGAAGCAUACAUAACAGAACCCUAUGUGGAGAACACAAUCAGGUUCUUGAUUGGUAAGUACAACCAAGAAAGUAAGGAUCCAUAUAACUUCCGGAUUGUCCGAGUCCUCAAUAUCCAGAGGCAGGUUACUGACCACUUGGAGUAUCACUUUAACAUUGAGAUGAGGAGAACCAAGUGUAAAAAGACAGAAACCAUCAACUGUGAAUUUCAAGAAAGAGAACUUUACAAGCAAAUCAAGUGCUACUUUUCAGUAUUUGCCAUUCCUUGGUUUGAAAAAUAUAAAAUUUUGAGCAAAAACUGCACCAAUGCCUAG